GAGGGAAUAGAUUGCUUAGCGAUUAGGAACCAUCGAUGGGCCAGUGGACUGGAAGGAACUCGAGAAAUAAAACCAGGCCUCUCGGGACCAACGUCCCAUUAAGUACGAACUUGCGCCUGGACAUUGGAGUACCAAAUAAACAUGCGGCUGCAGCAGCGAGAAACGGGUGCGGCUGAAGGAGCCUUGCUCAUGGCCGACGGAGUCAGCAAUAAUCAUCCCCAUAACCAUCAUCACCACCACAGCCAUCGCUCCGGGCGAAGAAUGCCCCACAGGAGAGUGUGCGCGAUAUGGCCAUUUGAUUCGUGCAUGCACAAUAAGACCAACUUAGUUUGGCUGUCAGCUGGGACAUUGCCCAUGGCUGAGAAACAGGCCAGAACAUGGCUGAUGGCAACGGUGUGGAGCUGAAAAACUAAGAUAAUUAAUAGUUAUCAGUACUCCGUAAAGCAUGGAACAUACUCCUAUGAAGGAUGCAUAUGCAGUCCACAUCAAAUGCAAUCUAUCU